AUGAGUUCUGCAACAUUUAAACCACCCGUAAGAAAUAUUACAGCUAAUCUUUCAAAUGUGCUAAAUGUCAAUGGCACGACAAGUCAUGUCGCAACUCAGAAGAAUACACGGCGUCCACAACGUAAAUGGCUAAUCAUGGCUCUGGCAAUUGUCGGAGUUUUUGCAGCGAUUGUAGGUGGCUGCGUGGCAUAUGCUCUACUUGCUACAAGUAGCACAAUUACUACAACAACUACAACAACUACAACUACAGCCACUACGACGACAACGACAACAACAACUACAACAACCACUACAAGUACAACAACAACAACUACGACAACCACUACAACGACAACAACAACAACUACGACAACUACUACAACGACAACGACAACAACUACAACAACAACUAAAACAACAACGACAACAACAACUACAACGACAACAACAACCUCAACAACAAGUACAACGACGACUACAACGACAACUUCAGUGACAACAACGACCACUACAACUACAACAACAACAACGAUAGGUGAAACACAAUGGAGUGCAUUUUGGCUAUUUGACAACAAUUGUCUUGAGUUGUUUAACAAUUAUAAUGGCGUUCCUCGUGGUAAUCCAACCUAUACUACUAGUGUACUGGGACACGGUAAUGCAAUUAGUUUUACUGCGGCUUCUGCUCAAUACGUUACUGUCACUGUAAAGCAAGUCAUUUUUAAUUCUACUAGCUUUACAAUCGAAGCAUGGAUCUAUCCGAUCAAUUUAGCGUCGACUGAUUUUGGUAUUUUUGGUCAGUGUCAAGCGGCAUCUACUAAUUUAUGCCUGCAUUUCACUACUCGAAAUGUAAUGCUAUACUGUGGUUUCUAUGCCAACGAUGUAGCAGGCUCGACAACAUUGACCAUGAAUCAAUGGAGUCAUGUUGCAUGCCUGUAUGAUUUGAGUACUGGACUUCAGCAAGUAUGGCUUAAUGGUGUGGUCGAUGGCAGCCAUACAACAACCCCCUUUCAAGGUGUAUCAACUGCAACAACAAUUGGCAUGGUUUCUUAUCCAAUGCCUAAUAACUACUACUUUAACGGUUAUCUCGAUCAAGUGCGAUACGAGCCAAGAGCAAAAAGUGAAUAUGAACUAUUAAAUGACGCUACUCUUUGUGCUUACUAUUCAUUCGAUGGUGGCUCCAUUUUUGAUGGAGGCCCAAAUGGUAUCAAUUUAACUUCGUCGGGUACUGUAACAACGAUCACAGGGAGAGUCAAUCAAGCACUUCAAUUCAGUUCUGGAUCCUAUCUUUAUGUACCUUAUGCAUCAUUCUACUUUCUGGGCGUAUCAAAUUAUCCAUUCACUCUAUCACUAUGGGUUAAACCGACUGGAAGUUAUGCUUCAUCAACAAUCUUUUUUGUCAAUGCAGGGUGGUGUGUUAAUUUUUUGACAAUGACAUCAAAUGGCAAUAUAAUGGCCAAUUUAUGGAAUGGCGGUCCAACCGUUUCAAGUGGUCCUGUUAUUCCAUUGAAUAGUUGGACUCACGUAGGAUACACAUACAGUUCAAGAAAUGGUCUUCGUUUGUAUGUGAAUGGUAAUUUAUAUUCAACAUCGGGUGCUGUAGCCUUUUCUGCUUCAGGUGCUCUGGCGACAAUCGUUAUAGCUGGAAAGAGAUCUGUUCAUAAAUAUAUCUAA